GGUGAUCCGUCAAAAACUGCAGGUCCAAUUCUUGAUUUGGUGAUAUGUUUCGGGAAACACGGAUCUAGCUGACAAGAUACCCAGUUCUUAAAAGAGGGAAAGAGGAAAGACAUUUAAACGAGCGGACGUGCAAACAGGAAAAACAUGGAAAAGGUUGUAUUAUAGCCUGUCAAUGGUUUUAUUAGGAGUUAAUUAAGCGGGCUUAUGAAUUUUACGUUUAAUCCUAAAAAUUAUCCCGCGGAUGGAUUGAUCAAUGUUCAACAUUAAAAUGAUGACUCCUGUCAAUUAUACUACUAUGAGUUUUCAUUCUAACCACCCAGUAUACACCGGGGUUUGCAUCACGUUUGCUGUUCUCGUCAUUUGUGUUUCGGUCGUAGGGAACUUCUUGGUAAUCGCAACCUUUCUCAAAACUGAACGUCUUAGGACACCUACCUAUUAUCUUCUCUCCAGUUUAGCCGCUACAGACUUUUUAAACGGUUUGAUCGGAGUCCCAUUAGAACUCUAUAGGAGAGUUGUAUUUUCUGACAUAACAUGUCUUGAAAUGUACUCAAGGUAUUUUUCAGCAUUCAGCUAUCUUUUUGGUGGCAAUAAUCUAUUUCAUAUUAUUAUGGUAACAUGUGAUCGAUAUAUCGCCGUUCACCGACCUCUCCGAUACCAAACUCUCGUCACCACGAAGCGAAUCGCGAUCGGGAUACUCAUCAGUUGGUUGAUGAGUAUCGUUGGGUUUAUGCUUCACCUCGUCAGCAAACUAGAAGAAAGUCCAACUACCGCUACAGUCUACUGCUCUGGGACUACUUUCCAGUAUGAUCUCGGCAGUAGAAUAUGGUUUUUCCUCGUGAUGACAGCGAUCAUCGCAUCGGUAUCAACCUUACUUGUCCUCAACUUGCUGAUUCUGCGAACUGCAAUGCGACAUGCUCGCCGAAUAGCCGAUAUGGAGCAGGCUAUCGGAAGAGCACAAGACGAUAUUACCGCAUCUCGUGUGAAAGCAUCAAAGAAAGUCACCUUCAUCACUCUUGCCUUUUUUCUUACAUGCAUCCCAAUGAGUGUGUUUCAUAUCAUUGUGGUUUUCGAUACUGAGGCUCAUCUGUACUCUCGUCCAUUUGAUGACGUCACAAUGUUCAUGUUUUUUUGCGGAUCUGCUGUAAAUCCAAUUAUAUACUGCUACCACAAUCGCACAUUCCGUGAAAAUACCCUGAAGUAUUUUAAGACCAAAGCUGUUUGGAGAAAACUUUGUUCCACCGAAUCUACAUUUUCUUAG